AUGGCUUCUUUGAGUGAUAUCGAAACGAGACUUUUCUUGAACAAUGAGUUCGUCCAAGGCAGUUCCGGCAGGACAUUUACCUUGACCAAUCCCGCCACUGAAAAACCAUCUGUCAGCGUCCACGAAGCAGACGCAGCAGAUAUCGAGGUCGCCGUCAAAGCAGCAGGUGCAGCGUGGAAACCCUGGGUGGACCUGGACGCCUGGAAGCGUGCGGAGGCCGUCUCAACCCUCGCCAACCUCAUCGUCCAGAAUGCCUCCAAGUUCGCCGAGCUAGACGCCCUGUGCAUGGGUACACCUGUUGCGAUUUAUGGAUUUCAGGCCAUGGCUGCCGCGGGAGUGUUGAAAUAUUACGCUGGAAUUGGGGCAGACGCAUCCGGCAAAACGAGUCUGAACACCGCAAAUCAUCUCAACUUGACGCUGAAGCAGCCGUACGGCGUCACGGCUGCUAUCAUCCCGUGGAAUACACCGAUGCUGAUCGCAUGUGCGGCGAUUGGACCAGCUGUUAUGGCCGGAAAUGCUAUCAUCAUCAAGUCCAGCGAAAAGGCUCCUCUAUCGAUGCUCUUGCUCGCAAAGCUAGUCAAAGAAAGUUCUCUAUUCCCACCUGGCGUAAUUCAAUUCGUUUCUGGUUUCGGUGCCUCUACUGGCGCGCUCUUGUCCUCACACCCCGCGAUCCGCAAGCUGGCCUUUACGGGCAGCGUGAAUACUGGACGGAUCAUCAAGAAGCUUGCGGCGGACAGCAACAUGAAGAGUGUCAGCCUGGAACUCGGCGGAAAGAGUCCACUGAUCGUGUUCUCGGAUGCGAACAUUGAGAAGGCUGCAGCGGAUGCGGCGCUCUCGAUUGCCCUGCUAUCGGGGCAGACUUGUAUCGCAUCAUCUAGGGUCUACAUCCACCAGGAUGCCAUGGAGGCAUUCAAGACGCAAUUCAUACCGACAUUCCAGGCUAUUCUGGGCAAGGCUGGUGAUCCGCAGGACCCCAGCACCACUCACGGACCGCAAGCCGACAGCAACCAGUUUGGCUCUGUGAUGGGAUUCAUUGAAGCGGCGAAGAGAGAUGGCCUUGUUCCUGUCGCUGGCGGCGAAGCAGUACCUCAAGAGGGCUAUUUUCUGCAGCCCACUGUCUUCAUCGACCCACCCUCUGACGCAGACAUCCUUCGCAAGGAGAUUUUUGGACCCGUUGUCUCUCUCUCUACCUUUCUUGAUGAAGAGGAAGUGCUCGCUCGCGCCAAUGAUACAGAGUAUGGUCUAUACGCCUCCGUGUAUACGAAGGAUAUUCAGCGGGCGAUUCGAUUGGCUAAGCAAUUGGAAAGCGGGACUGUUGCUAUCAACUGCACCAGCCCUUUGAUGGCGUUUGACAUUGCCUUUGGCGGAUAUAAGUCUUCAGGUGAUGGAAGGCAGUUUGGACAGGAAGGUUUGGAAGCUUGGCUUGAAGUAAGUUGGCCUCAUCUCACAGCUUCGAGCGUAUCUAAGGAGGUUGCUCGACGUCCUGGGGAUAUGUCGCUAACAUCGAUCAGACCAAGGGUGUUUUGAUAAACCUAGUGUAGG